AUUCAUAGCACAGCCGAGCAAGCGAAUUGGCCCCGAGGCCUCACUUGGCUCCCGUUAGAUGUCGUUCUCUCAGCCAAGAGGUCUGCUGCCUGCCAACAACCCCCAAAAUAUAACAUUGGCUUCUCAGCAACUUUCUCGAUGCUCAUCUUUGUUUAUCCGACAUCGACACGUGCUGGCGGAAAACCAUGCCCUUUCUCUUUUCCUAUGUCUGCGACCUGCUGCAACGCCUUGAAGAUAAUCGACUCGCUCGAUCAGGUUUGAAAAGCAACGCGGUUAUUAUUCAGGAGUGGUUCAGGGGACACCACGGAUUGCUCCACCGCGACGACCACAACAGCGCUCCGCUCCUCUCUGCCCUUCUACCAGAGAAGAGGACCGACAGGGUAUAUUUCAUCCGGGAAAAGAAGUUACAGGCCAUCAUCGGACGUGCGCUCGGCUUGGGCCGGUCUCGUAUCGCAGAGUUGGGAAGAUGGACCAACCCUGAGGCGGCCGCCGAUUUGGCCGACUGUGUUGAAGGGAUCCUGAAGCAGACGCCAAACCCCGGUUUACCCACCCAUAUGUCUGUGACGGUUGAGGAAAUCGAUGGGCUCCUCCACAGCAUCGCAGCUGCCUGCCGCUUCAGCUCACCUUCUGUGCGCAGGUCAGCUGAAAACCGGCCCGCUGACCGGGAGCUCUCCCUUGGAGAACUGUACCGGCGGCUGUCGGCUAGAGAUGCAAAAUGGCUCACUCGGCUCCUCCUGAAGAACUACGAGCCGGUUGUUCUCGACCAGAGCGUCGUCUGUGCAGGCUACCACCCCCUACUUCCAACUAUCCUGAAAGUCCAAGAUGAUCUGGCUGUUGCUGGACGUAUCCUUGACACCCUCAAGCUGGACCGGACCGUCACAGGCAAAAGCGAACUGGCAGAGUAUCUGAAGCCUACUCUAGGAGUCAAGAUUGGCCGUCAGAUGUGGAUGAAAGGGCGGAGCAUCAAGCACUCCUUGUCCAUGGUCCAAGGCCGAAUUAGCUGCGAGGAGAAGAUGGACGGAGAAUAUUGCCAGAUCCACAUCGAUCUCAGUAAAGGCCGCGACUGCAUCCAGAUCUUCUCAAAGAGUGGUAAAGACAGCACAAAAGACCGCAUAGCCCUGCAUGACUCAAUUCGAAAGUCGUUGCAGCUUGGACACCCAUCUUGUCCUUUGAGACAUGGCUGCAUCCUAGAGGGCGAACUUGUGGUUUACAGUGACAAGCACCACAAAGUCCUGGAUUUCCACAAGAUCAGGAAGCAUGUCUCUCGGUCUGGAUCUUUCCUGGGGACCGACAAAGACUCGCAGCCCCACCCUUGGGAGCAUCUCAUGAUCGUUUGUUACGACCUGCUGAUGAUAGACAACGAAUCGCUCCUCGCUGUCAAGCACUCGGAAAGGUUCCAACGCCUCAAAAGUGUCAUCACCCUAAUUCCCGGUCGAUCUGCAUUAGUGAAGCGAGAGCUCAUUGACUGUGGCAGGCCGUCUGCUGUCUCAGACCUGCGCCGCGUCUUUGCCAAAUGCAUCACAGCACGAGGGGAGGGACUUGUUCUCAAAGCGGACGACCCCUACUUUGACUUUAGCACCCAGUGGCGGCCUUUCAGCUGCUGUGCCAUAAAGCUCAAGAAAGAGUACAUUGGGCAUUUUGGGGACAUUGGUGACUUUGCGGUCGUCGGUGCGCGGUUUGAUGCAGCAAAGGCUCGCACAUACGGCAUCCCCGGGCUCAAAUGGACGCACUUCUAUGUGGGUUGCCUCGACAAUAAAGACGAGGUGCAGCGGUUUGGUAAACGACCCGUGUUUGUUGUCACAAAUGUGGUCGAACUGAAUGCCAAACAGCUUGCAGCGUUUGUCUCAUCUGUGAACCCGGAAUCAAUCCGGCCAGAGGAGAACACGGCUAUCUCUCUGCGCAUAGAACCCGGGAUCGAUCUUGGGAAGCGCCCGUCGUUUAUAUUUCCCACACCCCCAGUGUUCGAUCUCCGCUGUUUUUCAUUCGACAAGGAAGGCAACACUGGUUUCUGGAGCCCAAGGUUUCCAUCUGUCAGCAAAAUUCACUGCGACCGAACUUAUCACGACACCAUCUCCUUCGAAGAACUCCAAGAGAUGGCGGCCAACGAACGGAAGUCACCCCCUCCAGAGGACAGCCAAGAGCUCCUGGGCUGGAUUGCAGCUCUGGAGAACUCCGAACCCAAACGCACUGCCGACACAGCAAGCCAAGCGACCAUUUCCACCGUCGCCAACUCUGUGGCCCAGUCGUCCCAAACACCGAAACCCGGUAACCAGCAGGGUUCGGCUGCGCAAUCUUCGACGACAGAAAACAUGUCCGAUUUUGCGAGACAGACCCAAAGCGCGCACGUCGGUGUGCAGAUGACCCAGACGACAUCCACUGUCGCCCAAGAACUCGAGCCGGCAGCUUCAGCCCGAACCGACAGCCAAUCGGCGACUACACUGGGCCGGAAGAGGCCCCUCGAGCCGUCAACGCAGAGCAGCAUCCCCGAGAGGAGCAAGAUCCAGCGACGGUCCAGCGACCAGGUCGCCUCUGCCGCCUCUCUCCCCGGCAACGACGAGGCCGGUCCCUCGGUCAGCCAGCCGGAGCCCUCCGCGGGCACCCACAUAAGCCCGUCGCGGCGCAGUGCCGCAGUGAUCCUGCCCACUCUCCGACCAUCGCUGCGGGCCGAGGCGACCGUUCCUUCGAGCUCCGGCCCUAGCCACGAGGCCAGCAUGGGCAGCAUGCUGGAAGGGCUCCGGCCUUCCCUACAGGCAUCGAUCUCGUUCCACGAGACCAUGCUGCGGUCGUUUGCUGCUCGGGCUCCUUCGACGCCGGCGGUGACUAGUUCUGCGGAGGUCCAGGAGGCAGGGUCCCAACCUUCCGAGCAGCCCGCCGAACAAGGCGCCGACCAGCCCGACCAGCCCAACCAACCCGACCAACCCGCCGACCAGACUGCCGACAACACAGCUGACAACACCGCCGUUGGGACGGCAUCUCCCAAGUGCCGAUACCUCGGCGACACGUGCGAGAUCCUGGGCUACUCCAUCCUCGUGUCACCUUGUGUUGCCGACUUUCCCUGGGUCACAGACAACUUGCUCGGGGGUCACGGCGUGACCGAGUUCCUCCGCGACCCCAAGGAGUGGCCAAACGCGCAAGCCGGCCGGGCUGCUCCGAGCGGCACCCCCACCCCCGCGCCCUCCGGCAGCUCCAGCUCCCGCCGCCGAACCAAGAUCAUCAUCGUCGACCGCCGGCGUGAGCAGCCCACCAUCGAUUUCCUGGACUCGGUCGAGGCGGCCGACCUGAGGCGGCGCAACGGCGAGCGCGAGUACGUGCCCAUCUACGACUGGCACGUGCUCGAGGAGAUCCGCGCCGAGGAGAGGAGGCUCUACAACACCCAUCAGACGCCCGGGCAUCAGUUCGACUUGGCCCAUCAAGCUAGCAUCUGGAGGCGGUUCUGGAUUGGGCUGGCUUAAGCGGGAGGAGUAUCCAUCGGGGCGUGGUUGACGACGGACUGUGACCCUAACCCCGGAUCUGUAUCUGGUGGUGGAGCGAGCCGUCGGCCAGAACCGGCUUGGCACGGGGGCGAUCGCGUGGGGCCAAGAUUACCGCGGGGUGCACGGAUUUCUGGUUGAGCCG